GAAAGCCCGGCAAGCUGGUGAACAUCCCGGAAGUGCAGGUAAAGGGCCUGUGCACGGCUGUCCGCCAGAUCUUUCUGGAUCAGAACGCCCUGCUGGAGCUCGAGGCACCCUUGAAGAUUUGUGGCGAUGUCCAUGGCCAGUACCAUGACCUGCUCCGGCUUUUUGAGUACGGCGGUUUCCCUCCGGAAAGCAACUACCUCUUCCUGGGCGACUACGUCGACCGAGGCAAGCAGAGCCUGGAGACCAUCACCUUGCUUUUCGCUUACAAGGCGAAAUUCCCGGAGAAUUUUUUCCUCCUGCGCGGCAACCACGAGUGCGCCUCCAUCACGCGCAUCUACGGCUUCUACGACGAGUGCAAGCGGCGCUACAACAUCAAGCUGUGGAAGCAGUUCUGCGACGUGUUCAAUUGCAUGCCUGUGUGUGCCAUCAUCGACGAGAAGAUCAUUUGCAUGCACGGUGGACUGUCGCCCGAGAUCAGCAACACUGACCAGAUCAAGAAGCUCGUCAGGCCGACAGAUGUCCCGGACACGGGACUGAUUUGCGACCUACUUUGGGCGGACCCUGACAAGGACAUCGCAGGCUGGGCAGAAAACGACCGUGGAGUUUCGUUUAUUUUCGGCCCCGACGUGGUCACCAGCUUCCUGCAGAAGCAUGACAUGGACCUGGUCUGCCGCGCGCACCAGGUCGUGGAAGAUGGCUAUGAGUUCUUUGCGAAGCGGCAGCUAAUCACGCUCUUCAGUGCUCCGAAUUAUUGCGGUGAGUUCGACAACGCGGGUGCGAUGAUGAGCAUCGAUGAGACACUCAUGUGCAGUUUCAAGGUCCUCAAGCCAGUGAAGGGCAAGAAAUGA